CACAACUGGAACGUCUAAAAGUUUCUGUAUAUGUCAAUUAUAGCGCUAAGCAAAUAAAACUCAUAAUCAUAUUAAAAACAAUUUAAAUCCGUGACUAAAAUUAUUCCCUACAACAUCUAAAGCGCCUCAAUAUGAAUAUGAGGCUACAUGUAAGAAAACACACCCAUGAAUGAACGUGACAGCAGCAGCCGAACUCUGCUCGCAAAGGAGGGAGGCGCUGACGUCAAUUAAGAUCUGACUGAUAUUUGCCAAACUCCAAUCAACACAAUAGUCUUGGUCGGCCCAGCUUUAGUGGUAAGUACAUGAUUUUAUUCAUGAGCACGGGUGACUAUUUGCGCCGGUUUUCCUACUUAAAUGAUUGUCAUUGCUACUUACUAAUAAGGAUAAUUUAAGCGAGUUGACUUGAAUUAAUCACACGCUCAGGACAUGCAGCCUUUUGAAAGUGCUCGUCCUCUCAGAUGCUGCCGCUGCUCCUCCACCUGCCCGUCGCCACCGUCGUCGUGCUGAGCAGCAUGUGCGCCGCGCCGCUGCGGGGCCAGAAGCCGGGUCAGGUGGACCCGCUGACGGCCCACCGGGCCAACCCGCAGUGCUGGGACUCCUCCUCGCAGCUGCUGCUGCAGAUGCGCUCGCCGCGGAUCGCCGACACGGUGGCCGCCUUCUGGGACAUGAUGGUGUUCCUGAAGGCGUCAGACAACAGCAAGCACAAGGCGCUCUACUGGGACCUGGCCCGCGUCUUCUGGGACAUCUACGUGGAAUGCGUCCUGUCCAGGAGUCACGGCCUGGGGCGGAGACACGUGAGCGCGGUCCACUCGCUCGUUACUGACAGGUCGUUCCGGUUCAACAGCUCGGGGGUCAACUCGCAGGCGUGGCUCAGCGUCAGAGUGAGACGCAGGGGGAAAAUCAAGACUCUGAACACAAAAAACAAAUCAAACACACACUACUACCAAUGAAUAACGAGUUUGGUUGACUUUAAUGCCUAAUGUCACCACAAAGAAUAGAGGAGCACCACUGUAAAGUAACUGCACCAUGAAGACCAGAAUCUGAUCUGAGAUAUAAUUUACAUAACUUUAACAUAGCCACAAUGGUGUAUAAAGUUUCUUUAAACCCUGUUCUGAAAAAAACUCAUGUUUAAAUAAUUUUUUUCUGUAAUGUUUUAAUAUUUAUAUCAUAAACACAAUCACGUUACAAUUGUAUUUGUAUGUUUAUUUUAAGUGAAAUUAAAUUCA